GCCGGUCCUGGCUGCAGUAGUGUGUACAGAGCUACCAGUGUACAGAGAUGUUCCUGCUCUCCAUCCCCAGGUGCUGCUGCUGAGCCCCGGCUCUCCCUCCCGCACACCAUGCUGUUCCCCAGCUUUGACCUGAUCUCUGCCCUGGCCACUCUCGCCGCCUGCCUGGUUUCCGUGGCUCUGCUCCUCGCCGUGUCCCAGCAGCUGUGGCAGCUCCGCUGGGCGGCCACCCGGGACAAGAGCUGCAAGCUACCCAUCCCCAAGGGCUCCAUGGGAUUCCCACUGGUGGGGGAGACUUUCCACUGGGUCUUACAGGGCUCAGGUUUCCAAUCAUCAAGGAGAGAGAAAUAUGGAAAUGUUUUUAAGACCCACUUGCUGGGUCGCCCGCUGAUCAGGGUGACAGGAGCUGACAAUGUCAGGAAAAUCCUUAUGGGGGAACACCACCUGGUCAGCGCCGAGUGGCCCCGCAGCACACGGAUGUUACUGGGGCCCAACAGUUUGACCAAUUCUAUCGGGGACAUCCACCGACACAAGAGGAAGGUGUUCUCUAAAAUCUUCAGCCAUGAGGCACUGGAGACCUACCUCCCAAAAAUACAGCUGGUGAUCCAGGAUACGUUGAGGCUUUGGAGCAGCCAUCCAGAGCCUAUCAAUGUCUACUGUGAGGCGCAGAAGCUGACCUUCCGUAUGGCCAUCCGAGUUCUGCUAGGGUUCAGACUGUCCGACGAGGAACUGAGCCAUCUGUUCCAGGUCUUCCAACAGUUCGUUGAGAACGUCUUCUCCUUGCCGGUGGACCUACCGUUCAGUGGUUACCGAAGAGGUAUUAGAGCGCGAGAGACCCUACUGAGGGGCCUGGAGAAAGCUAUUCAGGAGAAGCUGCAGAACACUCAAGGGAAGGACUAUACUGAUGCUCUGGAUGUAUUGAUUGAGAGCGGGAAGGAACACGGCAACGAGCUGACCAUGCAGGAGCUGAAGGAUGGAACCCUGGAACUGAUAUUUGCAGCAUAUGCCACCACCGCUAGUGCCAGCACUUCACUCAUUAUGCAGCUUCUCAAGCACCCGGCCGUCCUGGAGAAGCUGAGGGAGGAACUGCGAGGGAACGGAAUCCUUCACAACGGUUGUGUCUGCGAGGGAGCUCUACGCGUGGACACCAUCAGCAGUCUGCAUUACCUGGACUGCGUCAUCAAGGAGCUUCUGAGGCUCUUCAGUCCCAUCUCCGGCGGAUACCGGACAGUGCUGCAAACCUUUGAGUUGGACGGCUUCCAAAUUCCAAAAGGUUGGAGUGUGUUGUACAGCAUCCGGGACACCCAUGACACCGCUCCAGUCUUCAAGGACGUUCAUGUCUUUGACCCAGAUCGUUUUGGAACGGACCGCACAGAAGACAAAGAUGGCAGGUUCAACUAUCUGCCGUUUGGCGGAGGAAUACGGAACUGUCUGGGCAAACAGCUGGCCAAGCUUUUCUUGAAGACCUUGGCGAUAGAAUUGGCCAGCAUGAGCAGGUUUGAGCUGGCAACCAGGACUUUCCCAAAGAUUAUGCCAGUCCCUGUGGUCCAUCCAGCUGACGAACUGAAGGUCAGGUUUUUCGGACUCGAUUCCAACCAAAAUGAAAUCGUGACAGAGACAGAAGCCAUGUUGGGUGCUACAGUGUAGCCUUAAAUAUUUUUGUUCCUUUUUAUUAUUAUUUUUUCAUUAUGGAGAAGGCAAAAAAAAUGGAAGAUAAGCACACAGUCAAAAAUCAAAGCUAGACCGUAACCACCAAGAAAAAUAUAUCCACAAUACUAAUAAGUAUAUCAAGCCACCAAAUCAUGAAUAUAUCACUGUGGAAUGCGUAACUUAAAAUAUAUUAACAUAUAUACAUUAAUGGGAUUCAGGUCCUGUGUUUAUGGAUCUUGCUGCAAAAAAGGAUGCAGGGAACAUCAGCCCGGGAAUGACUUGAUGUAAGCAUUUGUGCAGAGCUGGUCGACCUCAUUGAUGAGGGAUUCUUGGGUGGUCUUCAACUGUUUACAAGUUGUCCUCCCCCUAAAGUUGCUUUUUUUUUUGUCUUUAUUCCAAAAGUUGUUUCAGUGUUACACACAUCAGGGAUACCAGGGUUUUCCUACUGUUGUUGCUAGACCUGCCUUAUUUUAUUGUCUAUGUCAAAAACUUUGACUUAAGCUUGUAAUGCCGGGUUGAUGUGUUGAGUGUUCUUUAGCAGCAGAAAGCUAUCAGAGUUAACUUUGAAACCAUGGUGGUCAAGAUCUAGAACCCGGCAAAAUCACUGGAAUGAAUGUUUUUUUUUUCUCUCCAACAAAGAUGGAAGUUAUUUAAGAUGAAGCUAAAGGUGGACACCACUGAUAGAUCUUCUCCCUGUCCCAUUCAUGUACUUUCACAAGCAGAAUGGUUGGGCCAAGUGGUCUUCAGCUUGCAUUUUAGCUAGUGUUUAUAAUAAUGAGUGAAAAUUAUCCUCUCCACUAGUGGGUAGGCAAAUUAGAUGAGCGGCACUUGAUAGAAGAGGUUGAUGACCGUGCCGCUGUGACCAUCAACAAAAUACAUAUAUAUGUCUAUCAUGUGAUAUAAACAUUUCUGAAAAAUUACUGAUAUUUGUAAUGUGUUCAAAGAUCUCUAAUUUUAGAGGCAAGUGCCUUAUCUAUACAGUCUACUUUAUCUUGAUACCAUGUAGAUCCCUCCCAUAGAUCCAUUCACCAGCUGCGAGCCAGGACAUAGUGACCUGCUAAUCUUUACUCUGUACGUCUGUUACAUUCCAUGUAAGUCAUGAUAGAAGUUUUUGCAGCUCAGAGGCCAUUUGUUUGAUGGCCUUUCAAAUAUGUCCCCAAGAUCUGAAAUAUUUUUGCACAAUGUUUUAUUUUAGCCAUAUAAGCUUUUAAGAUAACACUGGCCUUGGUAACUGCCUGGUCAAUGUUGGAAAAUACCUGAAGACCUGGCGCUGGGUAAUAGUUCAGAAUUAGGAGAUGCUUGGGAAUCUGAGGAGUAUAAACAGUCCGCAAUGUCUGUUGCACUACAGUUGCCAGCCAACCUAGAGUUCGGGCGAUUAGUCAACACAGGGAUGAUGUAAUGUAUUAUGCAUUGUAUAUGGUCUAAUCCAGUGGUUCUCAAACUCGGUCCUCAGGACCCCACACUGUUCAUGUUUUCCAUGUCACCCAGCAGAUGCACUGUGUAUCACCAACUGUCACAUUUUAAAAAUCUACAGGUGACCUGCAAAACAUGAACCGUGUGGGGUCCUGAGGACCGAGUUUGAGAACCUGUGGUCUAAUCUCAUAUCAAGGCUCGAAUUACUAUUCUUAUUUAUUUCAGCCAUCUAUACAGAAAGUUUUACAUUUAAUAACACUCCAGAAGACAUAUUGUUAGACUACAGUAGAAAAUCUCAGUAUUAACUCAUGGUUGUUCUGAGACCAGCACUCAAUUGCCAUCUUACAGAAGAAAUAAUUUGGGCAGAAAAUUUAAGUCUGUUCAAUUAAGCAGGACAUUGCACUUUGUUAGAAAGCAUUUGCAAUUCUGUGUUCCAGUACUCGGAAAAACUUCACAGCGUCCGUUAUUGUUAGAAUAAGUCUGGAAUCAUAGGUGUGUGGAUAUUUUGUUAGGUAAUACUACAGUAAGCUAGAUAACUCUCCUUGUAACAAUGGGGCAGAUUUUAGAUGGAAAUAUCGCAGUCACUGGAGCACAAACCUUUAUGCUACCCUGUGUAUUAUUUAUAUACUAUUUAUUCACUCUCUCUCUCUCUCUCUCUAUAUAUAUAUAUGUAUAAAAAAUAAAUACAAAAGCAGGUGGGGUUAAUACAUAUUAGUCCCUGUGCUCUCAGCGGUGUCUUGCAAAUUGCUUUUCAAUUCCCCGCCACCAUACUCUGAAGAGGUGCCGCAUUCAGGGUGUAUUCAUAAGCUGAGUAUCCAGGGGAUUGAAACGCGUCACUCAUUGAUUUUCUUUUUUCAAAGUGUCACUUAUUAUCAGUAAACACUUAUUGGGCAAAUUCAUGUAAAGACUUUUCUGUGCCCUUU